UUUAGAGCAAACAACAUCAUAUAUAUAAACAUACAUAUACAUAUAUAUUAUACAAUUUUUCAGAAAACUAUGGAGUUUGCAUCUGGUUAAGAUUAACAACGAAAAAUAAAAAAGGGGUGUUAUUGAAAAUAUUGAAGAGUAUUUAACUCAGAAGGAAAAGAAAAGAGCAGCCCUACAUGUUGGCCGACAGUGAAAGUGACAUCGCAACGAAAUGGGAGUAUUUAAUUUUAGCCUAUGAGUUUUGAGAUUGACGGAAUUUUGUUAAGGAUAAAAAAGCAAGACAUGGCAUAUACCUUUACAUGCUGUUAUUCUUUGGACUCUAUCAAUUAUUAGCUGUAUUUUGAUUGAUAAUAUACUUUUGCUUAAGAAAUCACGAUAAGGGCUGAUGGGAUUUUAUCAAUUAAAAUAUUUUGAUUUUUCCUCAAGGUCAAGUGUGAUUAAUUAGUAAACGUCUAGGAUGGCAAAUAUAUAUGCAAAAAGCAAGAACAAGAAUCCAAGUCUUGAGAGUCAUUGAUUUAAUUAAAAAACAAAAAACAAAAGGGAGUUUAACUAAGGAAAUAAUCUUUGACAAUAUUCCUUUAAAAAUAAAAAAAAAAACUACAAUCUUUGUCAGAUUGCAAACCCAACGCGGUAUUUGUAGAAAAAAAGUUAUGUCUUACGUAAAUUUCGAGCAGCUUUCUUGAUCGAUACACUUCUCCCCUUGCACGCGUUAAUCCACCGUAUUUUUUUCUUGUAAUUUUCCCGUCCGAAGAACUACUAAAAGAAAAAAAAAACACAUGUGAUUAACCCGUUCCGUUUUGCUGGAUUACUCUUUUUAUUGUACUUUUUUGCCAUUUUUUAUGUACUUUUCAAUGAUCAUCACGCGUUUGUUCCUGUUCCAGUUCGUUAUACCUUUGAAAACCCAAUGAUUUUAUUAGCAGUUUUUCAAGUUUAGUUGUCUGUUUAAUGAAGUCCAGUGAUUGUGUACAAUUUAAGUAGUUGUUGGUACUUUUGAAAGUAUCUUCACAGAAUUAGCAUAAUUUAAUAAUGUUUUUUUAGUUGUUCUUUUCUUUUUGGGUUUUCUUGCUGCUUUAAAGUUCAUAUUACAAUAUUUUCUUGACUUUAGUGGCAUUACGUGCUUUGAAACACUGAUGGUUUAGUGAGUUUCCAGGUAUCUUCCAUGACUGAUUUUAUUUUACAAGUCAAUGAAAGCAAUGCUAUUUGCUGACUGCCGAGUAUUUAUAAAGAUGACAGCUGGAGAAGGUUUUGGUUACUGGGGUUUGAUGCUGAAAGUGUUUUUGCUUUUCUUUUGAAUUUGUUGUUCUCUGAAGAAGUCAUUGUCAAGUUCCUUCGACUUUCAUGAUGUUUCCCAGUAAGAGGCCUGCUCCUGAUGGAGGUGAUGAGAGGCUGGAAGUUAUGGUUCCAGAGCCAAAAAGAAGAGCCACCCUGAAGAAUGCUGUUAGGAACAUAAUGGGAUUGGGAGGGCUUUCCCUGAACAGAAUCGUUUUCAACCUGGAACCAACGCUUCGAUCAUGGGUAAGGGAGGAAGUGGAAAGAGCAAUUCUAUCCUCCAUUCACCCGUCUUCGAGGUCCUCGCUUAAUCGGAUUGAGGCAUCUAGAGAAAGAAACUUGCAGUUGCGUUUUGUCAAUAAACUGCCCUCAACCAUAUUUACAGGUAGCAAGGUUGAAGCUGAGGAUGGCGAUACCAUUAGGAUUAUCCUAGUUGAUGCAACUAGCCAGACAAUGGUCUCAUCUGGUUCACUGUCUUCUAGUAAGGUUGAGAUUGUAGUCCUUAAUGGUGAUUUUGGUGCUGACGAGAGAGAAGAGUGGACAGAAACUGAAUUCAAUGCCAGUGUUCUUCGUGAAAGAGAAGGUAAAAGGCCACUGUUGACUGGAGAUCUCAAUGUUACGUUGGUCGAUGGUAUGGGUACCUUUGAUAAUGUGAUUUUCACCGACAAUUCUAGCUGGAUAAGAAGUCGAAAGUUUAGAUUAGGAGCUAGAAUUGUGCAAAGAAUUUCUGGUGAAGUGACAAUCAGGGAGGCUAGAAGUGAAGCAUUCGUGGUGAAGGAACACCGUGGACAGUUGUGCAAGAAACACUACCCUCCCCUCCUGCAUGAUGAAGUAUGGCGUCUGGAAAGGAUAGCAAAAGAUGGUGCCUUCCAUACACGGCUGACCUCUAAUAAAAUUCUUACUGUAAAGGACUUCCUGCGGUUGCAUGUUACUAAUCCAUCUGCACUACGGGACCAGAUUGUCGGUGGCGGGAUCUCAAAUAGGGUAUGGGAUUCAAUCAUAGGUCAUGCUUUGUCUUGUCCUGUAAAUGAUGAUAAGUGGUAUACCUACGAUGGAGCUGCACAAAGGGUUGGACUCCUAUUAAAUUCCAUUUACGACGUUGUGGCAGCAACAUUUGAUGGCCAAAAUUACCAGCUUGUGGAAUUUUUUACCUUUUCUCAGAAGCUUCUGGUGGAAGAUGCAAAGAGACAAGCUUACAAGAAUGUUCAGGACCUGGUCUUGGCUGAUAGACCAGCAAUUAUGGGCCCCACAUUGCCCUUGACAGAUCCGCUGCCUGAGCCACUUAGCAUCCCACAUCUACUUCUGCAGCAACCUGAUUUCUCCGUUGCAAACCAAGAUCAACCGGGUACAUCACUGGGUUUCAACCAACCCUCAACAUCCUAUGCCUGUGAAGUGGUAGAUACCAAUCAAUUACAGGUUUCUCUACCACUGGAUGGACAUGCAAUUCAAGCUUUUAAUCCAAUGCUAAGAAACGAUUUCGGAAUGGGAGAAAUAUUCCCUUACAAUGGAGAUAACAAUUUGUCACUUUUCCCAGAUAGCCUUUUUGCUACAGAGGAUAAUUCUCAGGCUCAAAUGCCAAUUUGGACUUCAGCUACUCCAGCAUGGGGACAAGGCGGUGGAUUAAUUUUGACUCCAGGCUGCGAAUCAUCUGUAGGCAUCCUGUCUUCUUCCCCAAACUUUGAUGUACAUUGCCGAAGCAUGGGAGAGGCCAGAGAUGUGUGGCCCAAAGCUGGGUGGUCGAAACUACGAGCUGUUAUCCAGUGGAGGUCAAUUAGUCGCGGAGCUGCAAGAAGGCGGCUCUGGCUGUCAGAAGGCAUAUGUGCAUAAAUGACUAGAUUACUUACAGACCAGAAGGCAAGCUUCUCCGGAUGUGUUAGGUUAUUGUUUUCUGCACUUGUAAAUUACUGUAAGUUGAUAGCUAUGUAGCAUCUACCAUAAUGUCAUGCAAUCAGGAGCCAAGAAUGUCCUAGAUGUUAGAUUUCUAGAUCUUAUGUAUUGUUUAUCUUUUGCAAAGGCUUUGUGUAUGUAGUUUGUAAGCAAUCUCAGAAUAGGAAGCAAGUAUUCUCUAGCGUUUAUUAAUUAGCUGAAGCUAAUCUCUUCCUCUGCUAGCUUACAUCCUUGUAAGUAGUAACAAUAAAUGCAACAAAGAUGUAUUUGUAAAUAGUGUUUGUAAGUUAAAAUCAUUAAUGUAAUAACCAAAUUCUGAGAUUUUCAGUAGAAUCUGUUUAUCUAAUACUAUAAUAGCCAUGGAAUCAUUGU